AUGACGGUCAGUAGCUAUUCCGCGAAGAAGGUUUGCGAAUUGAAAAACUGAAACGAUUGGCUUCAUGCAGACUUUGUGCGCCUGGUUUUCUGACGCAUCCAACUGCUGCACCAACAUCAUACAGCCUGUGCGCUUGAUAAAAUUGAACGCUAGUGACGAUUUCGAAGAAGUGGUUGCAAGGAGCACCAUGCUCAAUGAAAAUGAAGUAAAUCGAUCAUAAGGAUAGUUUCAAAAAUACCGUUAUCAUGUGCAGAUCCUGGUGAUCCAAUCGGAUCACGAACUGCGCGAAGGUUCGAACCUUAUCAAAAUGGGUACCCAGUCUGAACUACGAACAUGGUUCCACGACGCUUGCACCGUAGUUCACAAGGUAGUUGUAUGAAAUAGUUUUUUAAAGCUUUUUUUAAAGAUCGACGACAGAAAAGGAGUUCUCCACUCUUUUUUUGUCGAACCAUCUUUCAACACGACGGAAUCGGACGGCUUCACGAUCACUUUCCGGAGAAAAUAUGACGGAGAUUUGGUUGCUUUCAGGCCGAUUUCUUGUGAAAAUGGGAACGACGUAAUUUUGAUGCUUUUCAAUUUUAUAAAGCAGAAAAUCAAAAUUCAGACACUACACUUGUUCAGUCCAACAAAACCUAACCCGCAGUUCAUGACUCCGGACUGGAGUGAUUUGUUCGAAUUCAUUUCGAGACGUCGUCCAGAAAAACUGAACCAAAUAAAACAGUUUGUUCGUGCGGCUUAUUGGUCGUUUAAAAAACUGCCGUUCAAAAGACUGGCUUUGAACUUUUUUGGUGGGUAUUAUCUUCAAUCUCGUUGAGAAUGUUUUUUUCCAGUCCCUUUGAAAUCGAAAGUUUAUUUGAUGGAUGUCAACGCAGAGUUGGAUCAUCAGAAAGUGGGACAUAUUGAAUUCGAGUGGAAAAUUGACCAAUUGGAGAGCCGUUCGCCGUUCGGGCUCUGUUUGAUGAACGUUUGUAACUGAAACAAAAAACAUUGCCUAUUAUUAAUCUUUCAGGAAGCCCCGAAAAUAAGAAUCAUAGAAAAGGACGGACGCCUUUGGACUCUGGCCGCCGGUGCCGUAGCUUUAACCAUUCUGAAGUAGGGUUUUCUAAGAAUAAUCAGUAGAAGAUAAUGGAAACUCUGCAGUGACACGAUUUGUGACAUGGGGUAUGCCGCAGAGCUUGCCAAUUACGGCAAGUACCCGGAAGAUCUAACAGAUGAAGCGGCCUUCGAUUACUGCAUGCACACCUUGUCGCUCAUGACGAAAUCUGCGAUUCGCUCAGGUGGCAAGGCUCUCAUCCUCGCCGCAUCGAACACCACGAAAGUCGACAUCUACAAAUCUCUUUUACUCGUGAAUCUCCUUUACGGUUUUUUUCAUACACAUUUCGUUUCAGAACGUUUCCAGUGCUCUGGACCUGUUCAGUGACCAGCUGAAGGAGCACAAUGUCACAGUCUUUGUCCGUCACGGUGGACUUGAAUACCAACAAGGACUGGGAAAGCUGAAACACUCUGGUUGGUUUUCACUCCCAGCUCACUGCAAUAAUGAUAGUAAAUUGUUUUAGCUGCCAAACACGGGGUUCCAAUCUUCGUCUUCGGUUCCGAGACGCCUAUGACUACCGUUGUCGCAGCUGCUCUGAAAACGCGGCCUCUACCACCAAGUCCACCACCAACACUAGAAGAAGCUGAACAAGCUACUCCGUUCAAAUCUCAGGUGAGAUUUUCAGAAAAACUUCAUCUUUUUGUUGUUUUGCAAAAAAAAAGUCGGUAGGAGCAUGAUUGCCCAGAAAGGUCAUACGGCGCUCGAAAAAAAAGAACAUUGUAAUUUAUCGCAAAACGAAGGCAAAGUGUUUGUUUAGUGCUGAAUCUUUUUCUAAAAUAAUUAUUUCAGAUGAAUAGGUUUAUUCAAAGCUUCGUCGGUAACGAUGCCAAAGUCAUUGUCUGGGGCCAACAGCAAGAAGCUGUGCAGAAGUUGUUCCACGCUGACUAUCAAUGCCGCCGUGGACAGCCGUCCGUUUUAGCCACGACUUCUCCUUUCGCGGGAAACCACAAAGAAACGUAUCGUUUCGGAACGAAGGUAAUUUAUUCUAUAGAAAUAAUAUGAAUGGUGAAAUAAUUAUUCAUCAAAGAUACGUGGAAUCAAAAAAUUGUUCACUUUUCAGAACAUUACUAUCCCGGGCUAUUGCUCGAUGACAAACGCCUUUGAUUCGCAUCCCUCCGCCACCAUCCUGGUCAUCUAUCCCAUGCUGGACAUUAUAUAUGAAACAGUCCUCGAAGCUCAAAGUAAUACUCAGAUUGAGAUAAUCGCCAUCGUCUCCGGAAAUCUCCAAGAGCAGGUUACAAAGGAUAUUUCGAAGGUUUGUCUAGUCGAAUAUAUUCUGAAAACUGGUAGUUUGUAUUUUCAGAUCGCCCCUGGCAAGAAAGUGGUAUUCAUCGGUCCGGCCACUGGAGCAUUCGAGCGCGGCUGCAUAAAAAAUGAAGGCUUUUUGGUCAGCCCUCAAGUUAGGGAACUUCGUCGCCCUGGCAGGUAAAACACACCUAGAAAAAAAAGUCAAAAAAGCUCCUAUGCGCUGCGAAAAAUUUGAAAAAAUUCCAUUACUUUUUUUCGAAAAACUUGAAAUCAAAUAUAUAAAAAUCGAAAAUCUCAAUUUUUGCUGUUGAAAUUUUAGCGUUGCCUGCGUAUGUCGCGAUGAAGACUUCCUCUUGGAACUGGAGAACUUAGUGUCGAUGAACACCAAUGGAGUCUACGAAGGCGUUGCCCUUCAGAGUGACCGCUACCUCGGUAGCAACUUCGCUGAUCAUAUCUUGCGCUUCCAGAAAGAUGACCGGUUUCAAACCAUUUUUACAGAGAAAGUUUCUGACCUCAGCUUUUCAGAGUCAAAAUUAUCUUGUUGCUCGGCGAAGCUGGCGGAUUUGAGGAGGAAAAAGUCGCCGAGCUUCUCAAGAAGAAAAAGGUCACCAAACCAAUAGUGGCCUGGUGCAUUGGAACUGGCAUGGAUCACUUACCAUCGGAAGUGAGUUGAAAAAACUAUUGUUUUUUUUCAGUUAUAUUCAAACGGAAAUUUCAGGCUUUGAGUUCACCCAGCAGAGUCCACGCGAAGAAAGAAUCGGCAUCGUUUAAGAACGCGGCCCUCCGCCGAGCUGGCGCCAACGUUCCGCCUUCUUUUGAUGAUAUUGGGAGAGUUCUCAAAUGCGCCUUCGGAGUUUUGGUCUUCCAAGGAAUAAUAGCUUUCGAUCCACGAAAUCCUACACCUUCCGUGCCUCUGGACUCUACUCGCUACAGGUAUCUCAGAACUUCGUAGAAGCUGUUUGACUGAUUAACCAAUGAGGGCAAUAUCUGAGUUUCUAUUUACUUGUUGAUGAGAUAUAAUGGAUUUUGAUCUUUUUAAAACUCAAAAAAAAAUUUUUUUCACUAUAAGAUGGCUUCGAGACUUUUUUCAAGAUAAAUCGAUUCCAGGGUGAUAAAUCGAUUCUACGACUCAUCUAAUAAAAUAGAAGCUCCAAAAACUUGAUAACUACUGUUUUUCACAAUAAAAAACCAAGAUUGAAAUUUAAGACUUUUAUGAAUGCAGAAAAAGCUGACGGGAAAAAAAUAUUAAUCAAAUUGAUAUGGGCGCAAGAAUGAGAUCAUUGUUUCACAGGGGUUCAGCAGCUCCUUGA